AAAAAAAAAAGAAGCUUGGCGAGGAUUAAACAGCAAGUGUGAACGGAAUGAUUAUGUGCUGGAGGGAGGAGUGAAAUGGGAGGAAGGAGAGAGAAAAGAUAAGCGCUGAAGAAGGCAGGAGCAAAGAGUAAAAGGCUGUUGACCUAAAGUGAUCUACAGGAUAUCUGCGCAGGGGAUCUUUUGUGGCCUGGAACUUGAAGUGGGAUCUCCUGUAAGAUCUAAUGGAACGUUGGAAGGGUCGUGUGGCACUUGUGACGGGAGCCUCUGCGGGCAUCGGAGCAGCAGUGGCCCGGGCACUUGUCCAGCAUGGCAUGAAAGUGGUGGGCUGUGCCAGGAGCGUGGACAAGAUCGAGAAACUGGCAGCUGAAUGUCAGAGUGCUGGCUAUGCUGGUACCUUAAUCCCCUAUAAGUGCGAUCUGUCCAAUGAGGAAGAGAUCCUGUCCAUGUUCUCAGCUAUUAAGACUUUGCACCAGGGAGUCGAUGUCUGUAUCAAUAAUGCAGGACUGGCUCGGCCGGAGCCGUUAUUAACUGGGAAGACGGAGGGCUGGAGAACGAUGAUUGAUGUGAAUGUUCUUGCAGUCAGUAUCUGUACCAGAGAAGCCUAUCAGUCUAUGAAGGAGAGGAAUAUUGAUGACGGCCAUAUCAUAAACAUCAACAGCAUGAGUGGUCACAGAGUCAUCCCCUCCUCAGUUUCGCAUUUUUACUCUGCAACUAAGUAUGCUGUAACGGCAAUGACAGAGGGUCUCCGACAAGAGCUUAGAGAAGAAAACUGUCACAUCCGAGCCACAAGUAUAUCACCAGGUCUGGUAGAAACUGGAUUUGCUUUUAAACUUCAUGAUAAUGACCCAGAGAAAGCAGCUGCAACAUAUGAAAGCAUCAAGUGUCUAAAAGGUGAAGAUAUUGCUAGCUCUGUGGUUUAUGUUCUUAGUGCCCCGCCUCAUGUUCAGAUUGGAGACAUUCAGAUGAGACCUACAGAACAGCUAUUAUAGUGUUGUUGUUCAAUGAAGAUAAACAUUCAAAAGAAAGGGACUGUGCUUUUCAUUUCCUCUGCUGGCUUACUGAAAUUUUGUAAUCAAUUCCAGAGGAUCAUAUUGCAGAAAAUAUUUGUUUUGGCUUUGGACAUUAUUUACCUAAAGGGGCGGUGAAAAAGUAUUUUACUUUCAUGGCUGUUCAACUUCUAUAGCAAACAUAUUGCUAAUCGGAAGUAUAUUCUUUUUUUGUUGUUUUCUACAAGAUAUUAAAACUUGACAAUAAUGGAAGACUACUGGAAUUUAACAAUUAGAACACAGACGUUUUUAUCCUAAAUACCACUCAGUUUUAUCUUUUUUCUUAUCUUUGGAACUAAUUUUAUUUGGGGUGAAUUACGGGAGAGAUCUGUUUCUUAUUGUUUGUCUGAAAAGCGACAGUGAAAAUGAAUUUAAGGAUUUUUCCAUGCGUUUCUCAGACAGCUUAAUUUCCAAUCAAUACGUUACAAGCGGAUGCUUGUGGUUUUGCAACGUGAUGCGUCUGACAUGUGUUCUGAACUUUGUACUAUAGAGAUAGCUGCAUAGAUAAAACAGGGUGAUGUGUUUAAUUAAUGUGAUUUGAAGUAUGUCAUAUGUAGUUUUUCAUAAUCAUGGUUUAUAAAGGAUAAUUAAAAAUGUUCCAUUUGUCAUUUCCUCUUAAAAUGGAAUUCGCUGUCGAAAUUACCAUUCUUAUUACUAACAGCCAUUAAAGGGAUAUGAAACCUAAUUUUUUUCUUUCAUGGUUCAGAUAGAGUGUGCAAUUUUAAGCAACUUUCUAAUUUAUAUUAUAUAAUAUAUUAAUUCUAUUGUCAAUAUUUCUUUGUUCUCAUAGUAUUUUUAUUUGAAAAAGCAGAAAUGUAAGCUUAGGAGCUUACAUUUAGGAGCUUACAUGUAGCCACCAAUUAGCAAGCGCUACCCAUAUGCUAAACCAAAAAUGGGCCGGCUUCUAAGAUUACAUUUCUGCUUUUUCAAAUAAAGAUUCCAAGAGAACAGAGAAAAAUUGAUUAUAGAAGUAAAUUAGAAAGUUGCUUAAAAUUGCAUGCUCUAUCUGAAUCAUGAAAGGAAAAAUGUUGGUUUAGUAUCCCUUUAUUUAUUAUGGUCUUGUUUGUUAGUUGCGGACAUGAUACAAGCACGACUGGCUUUCUGAGCAGCUGUAGUAUUAAUGCUGGUGCACUGAGAAUAUCUAGAUAUGCUUCAGAUGCAUGUAUAUACGGAAAAUGUUAAAACUAAAAUAGUGAUAACUUUUGUUAGAAGCAUGUUUGCUAAUACAUGUAUAUUGCAAAUAUGUUUUUAUUCUAAGAUGUAAUUCAUUUAUGUGCAUUUAAAUUUUUACCGGAAUUUCCCUUUAAGAUGAUACUGGAGAUUUAUACUAAACUCACUUUAUUGGUCCUAUUCAUUAGAAUUCUUGUGUGCAGGACCUUGUGUUUCUUUUUGCUGGAUUUUCAAAUUAAAAGCUAUUCUAAUAUUCUAAUUUGAAAACCCAAUGGUAUCCCACAAGUUUUUAAAGGGACAUUAAGCAUUUUGAGAUUGUAUUAUGUAAUUUAAACUUGUUGGUGUCCUAAUUCCCUGAAGUUCUAUAAAGUAAUGAGAGCUGCCAUGUUGAAACCUAGGUAUCCCUUUAUCCAAUCUCUUUUGCGGGCAGAUAAAGUAUGCAAGCAAUGGCUGUGUGGAAUAUAGCAAUGUUAAAGGAAAAUUAAACCAUAUUACAUAGCUUCUUAAAGGGAAAGUGUACACCAAUUUUCAUAUAACUGCGUUUAAUAGACUCUACUAUAAAGAAGAUUAUGUACAGGUACUGAUCUCUAAAUCCAGUAUAAAACCUUUUAAAAACGUACUUAAAAGCUGCAAGUUAAGCACUGUUGAUGAGGUUAGGCUGGGGCACCCAGUGAAAGGGGCUGGGAAAGCUGUAAGAGCAGACACUCCCCCAUCCCCCCUUCCCUGCAUAUGAGAAGACAGAUUAUAGCCUCCUGCUUGCUCCUGUUUAUGUAAACGUGCGUAUAUAUCUGAUACUUUGGGGCUUGGUUAGGAGUUUGAAAAUCAGCACAAUGUUAUUAAAAAAAAUAAGCAAAACUAUACAUUGUUACAAAACACUCCCAGAUGGGCUAUAUAAAUAGAUCUACAAAACAUUUUUGCAAAGAAAAAUCUAGUGUUAAAUGUCCCUUUAGAGGAUCAUUUAAAUACAGUAGAAUUGUAUCAUCAACAAGUGCAUAAUAAAAAAGACAAUGCAAUUACUUACUCAAAAUUUUAGACAUAGACUUUUUUUUCUUCUUACAAAUUUAAAAAUGUACUUAAAUUUGCUGCCCCCGUACCAUGUGACAGCCAUCAGCCAAUAAAAGGCUUUUAUACAUAUAUGUGAAUUCUUCCACAUGCUCAGUAGUAGCUGAUUAUUCAGAAAGUGUGCAUAUAAAAAUACUGUGCACAGUUUACUAAUGGAAGUCAAUUGGAAAGUCUCUUAAACCUGCAUGCUUUACCUGAAUCAUGAACGAUUCAUUUAGACUUAAACACACACUUUAUUUGUCCAUAGUUGUCCUCAGAUAAACUUAAAGGGACACUGAACCCAAAUUUUUUCUUUUGUAAUUCAGAAAGAGCAUGCAAUUUUAAGCAACUUUCUAAUUUACUCCUAUUAUCAUUUUUUCUUUGUUCUCUUGCUAUCAUUAUUUGAAAAAGAAGGCAUCUAAGCUUUUUUUUGGUUUCAGUACUCUGGACAGCACUUUUUUAUUGGUGGAUGAAUUUAUCCACCAAUCAGCAAGGACAACCCAGGUUGUUCACCAAAAAUGGGCCGGCAUCUAAACUUACAUUCUUGCAUUUCAAAUAAAGAUACCAAGAGAAUGAAGAAAAUAAUAUUGAUAAUAUUGAUAAUAGGAGUAAAUUAGAAAGUUGCUUAAAAUGUCAUGCUCGAUCUGAAUCACAAAAGAAAAAUUUUGGGUACAGUGUCCCUUUAAGUACUUUAAAAAAAGUGUAAAGUUUUAUUUUUUAUAAUAUUUAUACAACUAAUAUAGGGUAUUGACAGCGUAUUUUACCAGCAAUUACAUCACAAAAUGCCUCAUACUAUAAUAACCCAAAAGUACAAAGUUGCAAAAAAAACAUAAAAAAAAUAUUUUUCUCAUUAAUCUGGCAGAUAAAAGACAAAUAAACUGGAUUCCCUGAUUUAGCAAUUACAUCACAGCUGAAAUGUAUGUUGAUUAAUGCUAACAGGUGACGUGUGCAAUUAACCUGUUAUCCAAAACCAUAAAAAUAUAUGUGCAAGUCUCUCAAAGGGAUUUGAACAGGGACAUUUUGGGCCCAGUGGGCAUAUGUGCCUGUUGUGUUAUUGAUUUAUUGAUUUCUACUUUAUAGUAGUAUAAAAGUGUAACUUUAAUUGUUUGGACAGGUGUUUUUUUUUAAUCUAUUUGGGGAUGUUGUCCAAUAUGGCAGGGUAAUUUUUUACGCAUAUGCAAAACCAAUGUUUACAUAAAUAACUAUAUACCUGAUAACAACGGGAUAAGUGAUGUAUGGGUAUUUAUCAAGUCCUUUUUGCUGUGGAAUUAACUCAUAAAAGGCCACUUGAUAAGUAGGCAGUAGAGAUCUGAAUGCGGAAGAAGGCGGCCGCUCGCGGCAUCUCACUCUUUUCAUAGCCAGGUUUCUUUUUGUGAAAGUACAACACCCUAAGAUCUGGGCAAAUCUAGAUCUUAGCGUGUUAUACUUUCACUAGAAGGAAUCGGGAUUGGAAAAGAGACAAAUUCCGUGAGCUUCCACCGCAUUCGCAUCAUGACUAAUGAUCCGAGUGCACAUGCCUACUGAUAAGUAACUAGACGUUUGAUUGUGAUAUUCAAAAAACAUGACUUGCACAAUCUUAAGUACAGGGCCGUUUGUUUAGCAAACCAAUAAUGAACAAAGAAAGUGGUGCCGAUAAACACUAGAAAUGUCUGAUUGUGCUCAUCUGCAAAUGCAACCAAUAGAUGGUGAUCAACUCCAUAAUUUUAAAUAUAUAUCUACAUAUUCCCAAGUUUGUCUUUACAUUAUAUCUGUCAUUUAUUUACUGUUAAAUGUCCCUUUAAAUACCUCCUACACCUUACCAUGGGGAUGUUUAACCUGCUGUAUUCCAACUUGUCGGAAUACCCUUUUCCAACAGAUUUUUGAUGGAUUUUCAAUUUCAACAUCUUAUACAUCAUGAAAACUAAUUCUGCCUGUGUCAAGGAGCAGGUUGUGAAUGAUUUUUUUCUUUCUACAUGCUCAAUUCAAAAUAUUUUGUUCAAAUCACAUAUUUAAAGGGAAGCUGUACUGUCAUUUUCACAGUAUUGUGUUCACAAUUAUUUUUUAUACCAGCUGCAUAGUAUUAAAUAUUCUGGAAAGUGUGUUCCUUUAAUCUUGCAAUUUUAAUAGCUGUUUUUGCUCAUUGAAACAACCAUCCAUAAUGAAAAUUGUAGUACCUAACUAUUGGCUUUUGUGCAUAGAGAGAGAGAAGACAAACAGACAUUUUGAUACAUUACAAUGGAUCCAGCAUUUGAAAAUCCAUCACACUAUAUAUGUAAGCUCAGAUCUCUUUACUCUUGGUACAGGUUAACAUCAUAAUAGAAAAAAGAAAAUUACAUCUUUUUGCAAUGACUGCCAUGACUUUUUGAGCCCAAGUUAUUUUAUAAAACAAUAAUAAUUAGUUACAACUAAAGUGAAGUUGAGAGUAAAUAUCCUCUGUAUUUUGUCUUCAUUUUGGGCCAGUUUAAUAACAUUUCAUAGAGUGAUCCAUUAUCCAGCCAUACAAGCAAGCAGUGUCUUAAAGGCACAUUAAACACUUUGGGAUGGUAAUAUAAAAUGAUAAAUCGUAUAUAUAAAAAAAACUCUGUAAUAUACGUUCAUUAUUUAUUUUGUCCGCUUUUUCUGUAAUUCCAUUCUGAAAUUGUGAGCUUUUCAGUUCCUGUUAGAAAUAGAAGUGCAGAACACUGUUAUAUUCCACACAGCCAUUGACUGCACACUCUAGUGAUCUAUUUAUAACUGUCUCUAAUUGGCCACAGCAGCAAAGGUAACCUAAGUUACAACAUGGCAGCUCCCGUUGUUUUAUAGACACUAAAAAUGUAUACUUACUUUGUUAAUAUUUAAACAGCUAAUGAGACUUUAAAAAAUACAUCUACAUGUUGUUAUUCUCAGACUAAUCUUUUCUUUGAAUGCAUUAUUCUAUCUAGCAUUUAUUUAGUGUUUAAUGUCCCUUUAAGUACGUCAAUAUAAUGAUAUAUUCUUAAACUGUAACAUGUCAGUUAGUCUGCAGGCUCUCAAAUGUGUCCCUUUCUGACAACAAUUAAAUAUAAGGCACAUUGGUUUAUUGGGUAAUAGAUCUGCAUAUGAGAGAGAGUAUAGACAGGUUAAUUUCUGAAAAAUCUGUAAUUUACUUAAAUCUAUCACUCAACCUUAAAGUUUAAUGAAGAAUUUUUAGCAUUUGGUUAAAUGAUUCAAAGUUCUGAACUAUUGCUUAUUGUCCAUUCUGUAUAAUUAAUUUGAUCUUAUUCUCCCUGUUUAGUGUCAACAUUUGUAUGAAUUAAACUUGUUCAUUUCUAAUUCAAUCUUUUUUUUUGCCAUGCUGUCAAUAUAGGAUGUUUUCAGGACUCCUAUAAUAAAAGGAAUAUUUCUUCCCAGCAUUUAGUAUAAAUAAGAUGCCAGGAAAAGUUAGUUUGAAGGAAAUAAUAAUAAAAAAAUCCCUUUCUUUCCUUAUGUAUAUUCUGAUUGUUCAUUUAAUGACCUUUGAUUGAGCAUCUUUGUUCACAUGACUAUAAAGUUUUAUAUUACCUCAAUACGGUGUAUGAACAAUACUUAGUAAAUGUAAUAUAUUUUUGUAUUCUUUUUAAAAUUAAGUGAUAUAAUGUUUUUGAUUAUAUUUCAUUUUUCACUAUUUUUAAUGUCUUUUUUCCAUGGCUAAUAAACAUCUGCAUAAUAA